AUGAUUGUUUCUCAUUGCAACUACCUUCAAAGAAUCAGAGCAUCGAUUAUCCCUCAAAUCAAGAAUUUACCAGUUUUUGAGAAAAUAAAUGCAAAACUUUCAGAUAUUUAUGAUGAAAAAGAACUCAUUUUAAUCAGGGAUAAUAUUCAAGAUUUUGCCAAAGCUACAAAUUACAAUGAUUCAUCAAAUUCAGAGGAAGUUAUCAUUGAAAAACAAGAAGGAACAACAAACGGAUAUCGCGGUUUGGAAUUGAAUAACAAAAAUUCAAAAAAGAAGAAACAAAAACAGAAUAAAAAUCUUUCAAAACAAGUUGAAUCAAAACGGCCAAUUUACAAUUUGCCAAAGGAAACAAAAAAAUUGUUUUAUAACAAGUCUGAUCAUUUAUUCAUUGAACAAUUUGAAGGGAAAACCUAUUCCAAUUUCUCCAAAAUUGAAAUUACCAAUCAUGAUGUAAAUGAUAUUAUUUCAUAUCCAAUCUCUAUCAAUAUCAAAUACAUCAGCGAUGACACGAAUAAUCCAUUAAUUUUGGUUUCAUCUGAUAAAAGUUUCAUAACUUAUUCAUAUGAAAACUCUAUGAUCACUCUAAACAUUCAUCACGAUACACUUCAGCUAAUCGAGAAAUCUUUCACAGCAAAAAUAACAAUUAAUAAAUUUGAAUUCUCGUUGUGUUACAAAUACAAUAUUGUUGAUAGUCUUUGUUACAUCAAAAUUGAUGAUGUUGAUAUCAGAAUUGAUAAUGAAACAAAAAGACCAAUAGUAUCAUUGAAUAGUCAGAACAAGCAAUUGAAUAUCUCUGUAUUUGAUAAUCAUUUUGAUAUAAUUCCUCAUUGGAUCGAUAUCUACGGAAUAGAUGUUACUUGCUCACAAGAAAACAACUUUUUAUCAAAACUUUCAGUUAAGAAUAAUCCAAACUUUGGAAUUGUUGUUCACACAUGCAAAGAAGAAAACAAUAGUAUGUAUACUGGAAUCCAAUUCGAAGAGGAAUUAGACGUGAAAAUGAUUUACCAUUCUAGAGGUGAUAAGAAAUUUAUUGAAACAAAUAAAUUAUUUGCAGGAAUCUUUAAGAAUAUUAACACAUUUAAUAUAUUUGGAUAUGACAAGAAGACAAUGAAUGUUGAAAUGAAAUACAGUGAUGAAUUAGACUGUUCUGAUUUAACUAUCACUGAUAGAAAGCUGACAUUAAAAAUUUGUUUCCCUACAAAGCCAAAGAAAGAAAAUUUCAUUGAUUUUAUUUUCAGUUGUAAAGAUAAAAAGAAAAUCAUUCAUUACAAUGUCAUUUUCCCUGAUGCUACAUUUGAGAUGAAUGAUGAUCAAAUUUGCUUUUCAUGGAAUGAUGAAGAUCUUAAUAACUAUCCCGUCAAUUAUUAUGAUUUUGAAAUUUGCGAUUGGAAUGAAAUCAGACCAAAGCAAUUCGUACCACAGCCAUAUCAUAAAUUUAUAAUGGUCACGAUAUUUGGAUUUUAUUUCAUCUCAUAUGAUGAACCGAAUAUUAAUUGCUAUAUCGAUUUCAACAUCAAAAAUGUAUAUCCUGAUUAUGUUACUAACUUUUGUUUUCUUGUUAUUGAAAACAAUUCAAGAGUUAGAAUAGUUCAAGAAAAGCAGUUCAAUUCAGAAACAAUGGUAAAGACAUGUAUUAGAUUAUGCAGUGAAAAUUUUGAUCCUGAUUAUGAUGAUGAAUCAAAUCUAUGGAUCCAUUCAUGGGUGCCAAUGUCAGAAGAUAUUUCAUACAUGAAACCAAUAUUAGAAAAACUCAGCAAGAAAGACUUAUUAUUUUUCUUCAAUAAGUUUUACAAAUUUGCUAGAGAAUUUAAACCCAAAGUCAAUGAUCAAGACUCAAUGAUCAAAAGUAUUGUUGACAUUUUUGUUGAUAAAAUCAGGAUUAUCAAAAAAAUAAAGUACAGGUUGAUAUGCCCAAUUAAGAUAAAUGACAUAUUCGAAAUUUUUGAUUAUUUAAGUGAAAUGACAAAUUUCCAAACUCAAGAUUGGUUAGACUCGUUGCAUUAUUUCGAUAACAAUAAUUCAUCUAAUUGCCAAAAAGAUGUCAUUAAAUUCACAAGAUAUGAGAUAAAUACAAUGAAUUCUAAUGAUAUCGACAUGAAAAAAGUUGAUACAUUUUCGUUCAAUUUUGGGGAUCCAACAUUUCAAAUUGAAUCGUUCAAAAUCGAAGAUGCGAAAAAUCUUAAUGAUACAAGCGCAAUAAAUCUUUGUCUUCAACUUCCUUAUAUUAUUUUUAAGAAUUCAUUGAGCAAAGAUAAGAUUUAUUUUAUAUAUCAAUCAUUAAUUGAUUAUUCAAAGAAAAGCGAAAAUAUGAUUUUUAUUGAAGUAUUCAAUCAGAUGAAAGAAAUUGUAACAGAAAAAGAAACUCAAAAAGAAAUUAUUUUUGGAUAUGAUAAAACAAUAAACUCAGCAAAAUGUAAAGAACAGAUGGAAACGCAAAAAUCUGUAAUUAAUCUUCAACAACAAAAUCAAUCUUUUGCUCAAUCAAAUAAUCAAACAUUUGCUCAACAAAGUCCACAGUUUGGAGUUAACACUGAUCAGCAAUCACAAGAUAAUUUGUGUUUUGCAUCUCCCCAAUGUCAAUCUUUGACAACAAUGUCUCAACCUCAAACACAAAAUUCUCCACAAAUGCUUGUUGAGUUGUUUACUCAAUUCAAUCAGCAGUCAUUUGUUCAACAACAGGAUAAUGGAUUCAAUCAGAAUGGAACUGCCAAUCAAUUUACAGAUCCAUCACAAAUGAUGUUUAAUUUUAUGCAAGCAAUGAACAAUUUUGUUCCACAGCAAAACCAGUUCUCAUUUGUUCCACAACAAGUCCAAACAUCAGAGAAUCAACAACAAAAUCAAUUCUCAUUUGUUCCACAACAAGUCCAAACAUCAGAGAAUCAACAACAAAACCAGUUCUCAUUUGUUCCACAACAAGUCCAAACAUCAGAGAAUCAACAACAAAACCAGUUCUCAUUUGUUCCACAACAAGUCCAAACAUCAGAGAAUCAACAACAAAAUCAAUUCUCAUUUGUUCCACAACAAGUCCAAACAUCAGAGAAUCAACAACAAAACCAGUUCUCAUUUGUUCCACAACAAGUCCAAACAUCAGAGAAUCAACAACAAAAUCAAUUCUCAUUUGUUCCACAACAAGUCCAAACAUCAGAGAAUCAACAACAAAACCAGUUCUCAUUUGUUCCACAACAAGUCCAAACAUCAGAGAAUCAACAACAAAACCAGUUCUCAUUUGUUCCACAACAAGUCCAAACAUCAGAGAAUCAACAACAAAACCAGUUCUCAUUUGUUCCACAACAAGUCCAAACAUCAGAGAAUCAACAACAAAACCAGUUCUCAUUUGUUCCACAACAAGUCCAAACAUCAGAGAAUCAACAACAAAAUCAAUUCUCAUUUGUUCCACAACAAGUCCAAACAUCAGAGAAUCAACAACAAAACCAGUUCUCAUUUGUUCCACAACAAGUCCAAACAUCAGAGAAUCAACAACAAAAUCAAUUCUCAUUUGUUCCACAACAAGUCCAAACAUCAGAGAAUCAACAACAAAACCAGUUCUCAUUUGUUCCACAACAAGUCCAAACAUCAGAGAAUCAACAACAAAACCAGUUCUCAUUUGUUCCACAACAAGUCCAAACAUCAGAGAAUCAACAACAAAAUCAAUUCUCAUAUGGCUCACAGAUGAUUUACAAUGAACAACAAAAUCAACCAAUGCUGGUUAAUCAGCAGCAACAGUUCUCGUUAGGUUAUCCGCAAAAUCAACAGCAAGGAAUAUUUUCUCCUGGGUAUUCACAUACUAACUAUUCCCAAAUAAGCACAUCCUAUAUGGAAGAUGAAGGUCAAAGCUUAUUUGUAUAA